CGUCGACUCAGUCUAUCUCGGGCCCGCCACAGGUCAUUGCAUUUGUUGAGGGAUCAAGCGAUAUCACGACUCGCUCCUCGCUCGGUGUCCGGAUAGGAGAACCGCAAGAAAGAUGCCGUUCCAUAUGCCGAGUCUCGCCUCUCGUGUGCGGGUGAGCAGGCCACGGCGAUGAGGCAGGAGGAACGGGGUCUGGACUUCGGCGUUUUUUCUUUGCGGCUUCCGCUGGACAACGCUUCGUCGGGCUGCCUAUAAAGUUGACGGAUCCUCGAGUCUUGGGUUCUGGCUUUCUUUUCUGGACACCACCCCUCCCAAGCCAGCCUUCAAGAACACUCUCUGCUUCCCCACCAAAGAUGAAGUCCUUCAGCCUUUUCGCUCUCACCCUAGCGGCGGUCGCCAUCGCGGCUCCCACCACCGCGAACGAGCCGGCCACCCAGUUGAAUGCCGGAGAGUACAUUCUUGUCAAUGGGGACCACCAUGAGGUCAUCAACGAGACUCGGCUCAACGAGUACCUCGAGAAGGAAGGCAUCCUCCGCGAGCCGCCGCCGGUCGACGCGGAGUGGCUCAAGUUCACCCCCGACGCUGAGGCCCUCGCCAACUUGACCAAGCUAGAGGCCCGCCAGGCCUCGUGCCAGCACACCGUAUCCAUCAUCCAGGACAAAAAGCAACGCUUCACGGACUGGGACGUGCAGAUGUCCUCGGUCGUCAUCGGCGCGGGCCGCUCCGGCAUCCAGUUCACCGUCGACAAUGGCUGGAGCGUCAGCAACGCGGUGACCGUCUCGGCCGGCCUCGACCUCGGCGUCGUCAAGGAACGUGUCGGCGCCACCCUGGGCAUUAACUACAGCAAGACCUGGACGUCGUCCUUCACGGAGCGAUACACCAUCACCGUCAACGAGGGCGAGGCAGGCGUCUGGACCUCGCAGCCGUGGACGAACCGCGUUUACGGCCGCACGUUCCGCGGGUGCCCGGGCUCGCUCGUCCAGACCGGCACCUGGAUGGCCGACUCGCGCGAGGACGGCCAGUACUUCGGCCACAAGUGGGUUUCGGGCUACAUCAGCGCCUGCAUCAAGAAGGUCCCAAGGGGCCGCGGCGGCCUGACCCGCUGCCACGGCUCGGGAGAGUUCAAAUAAGCACGACGAGGACGCGACGCACGCGCACGCAAAAGCCCCAUUGAUAAUGCGCCGCCUGCGGGCUCCUUGCGAAGGGGGGAGGGGAAUCGAGGAGAAACGGGGAGGGAAACGGGAAGCAUAUAAUUCGGCCCCGGAUCCAGCGGUGUAGCAUGUUUCCGGAGACGGCGAGGUGUCAUUCUUGGUGGAAGCCGCCAUUUUGUUUUCUUUCUUGCCCUGCAAAGGGACGGCCUUGUAUCGCAGUUACAAAGCAUUAACCUCAGCUUGUAAUCCAUUAUUGCUUGUUGCUGAUGA